UACCGGCAGAGUUGAAGGAGAGAGUGGCGCAGUAAGUGCAGAGGACCGCCGCAGUUUCGCCGUACAUCUAUACCGGAGAUUCCUAUCUCCUACACCACACGCCGCAGCCAUGGCUCGAGGAUUGAAGAAACACAUGAAGAGGCUCAAUGCCCCAAAGCAUUGGAUGCUUGAUAAACUUGGUGGCGCUUUUGCUCCUAAGCCAUCAUCAGGACCUCACAAAUCAAGGGAAUGUCUCCCCUUGAUCCUCAUCCUGAGGAACAGGUUGAAGUAUGCUUUGACAUAUCGUGAGGUCCAAUCCAUUCUCAUGCAACGCCAUGUUCUUGUUGACAACAAGGUCAGAACUGACAAGACUUACCCUGCUGGUUUCAUGGAUGUCGUCUCAAUUCCCAAGACCAAUGAAAACUUCCGUCUUCUAUAUGACACCAAGGGUAGAUUCAGACUCCACUCAGUCAGAGAUGAGGAAUCAAAGUUCAAAUUGUGCAAGGUUAGAUCAGUUCAAUUUGGGUCAAAAGGCAUUCCAUACAUCAACACAUAUGAUGGGCGAACAAUUCGCUACCCGGACCCACUCAUCAAAGCCAAUGACACAAUCAAGCUUGACUUGGACACCAACAAGAUUGUGGAUUUCAUCAAAUUUGAUGUUGGCAAUGUUGUCAUGGUGACAGGUGGCAGGAACACAGGGCGAGUUGGAAUUUUGAAGAACAGGGAAAAACAUAAGGGAAGUUUUGAGACUGUUCAUAUCCAGGAUUCCACGGGUCAUGAGUUUGCGACCCGUUUGGGGAAUGUGUUUACUCUUGGAAAGGGGACAAAGCCGUGGGUGUCGCUGCCCAAGGGCAAGGGGAUUAAGCUGACUAUUAUUGAGGAGGCUAGGAAGAGGCAGGCUGCCCAAGCUGCCCAAGUUGCUUGAUUUUUGUGUUGUUGGUGGUUGGUUUUGUUGAGACUUAUGUGGUAGUUGUUGGAUUUUAGAGGUGGUUAUGUUUUGAUUUUGGUACACAAAUUUGGAUGUUUGGGUUUUGCUUGUUGGGUUAAUUUGAUUACAAAAAGACUUUUAUGCUUUUUGAAUCUUUUGUUGCAUAAAACUAAC